GGGGAGCGCGCCUGGUGCUGCGCCCCCAUCCCUGCCCGUCGUGCCGUCGGCAUGUUCUCCAGGAAGAGCCACGCCGACGUCAGGAAAUCCACGCAGAAGGCGCUGGACCCCAAGCGGGACGUGCUGACCCGCCUGAAGCACCUCCGCGCGCUGCUGGAUAUUGUUGAUGGAAGUGACCUGAAGCAGUUUUUUGACAACAAUUAUUCUCAAAUUUAUUUUAUAUUCUAUGAAAACUUCAUAACACUGGAAAACAGCUUGAAACAAAAAGGGAAUAAAUCACAAAGGGAGGAGCUGGACUCCAUCCUCUUUCUUUUUGAAAAAAUAUUGCAGCUACUACCAGAGAGGAUUUUUUAUCGAUGGCAUUUUCGCAGUAUAGGGUCGAUUCUGAAGAAGCUUUUGCAUACUGGAAAUUCUCUCAAGCUCAGGUGUGAAGGAAUCCGCCUGUUCCUGCUGUGGCUGCAAGCCCUGCAGACCAACUGUGGCGAGGAGCAGAUCCUGAUGUUCGCCUGCCUGGUGCCCGGCUUUCCUCCGCUGCCAUCCUCACGUGGACCCUGCACGCUGGAGAGCCUAGUCAGCCCCCCGGCUGUGCCUGACGCCAAGAUAUUUCCAGAAGAAAUAACGCCACUUUUGCCAGCUGUCUCUGGGGAGAAAAUUGCAGAAGACCAGACCUGCUAUUUUCUCCAGCUCCUGCUAAAAUAUAUGGUAAUUCAGGCUGCCAGCUUGGAGUGGAAGAACAAAGAGAACCAAGACACUGGGUUUAAGUUUCUCUUUACUUUGUUCAGAAAAUACUAUCUUCCUCACUUGUUCCCAUCUUUUACAAAGCUAACCAACCUCUACAAACCUGUGCUUGACAUCCCCAAUGUCAGGCCAAGGCCGGUGUAUGUCACUGCAACACGGAAUAAUGAGAGUGUCUACAGCACAAAAAUCCCCUACAUGGCAGCUCGAGUGAUUUUUAUCAAGUGGCUCGUUACCUUCUUCCUUGAAAAGAAGUAUUUAACUGCUGUUCAGAAUACAAAAAAUGGAGGAGAAAUGCUCCCUAAAAUUAUUCAGACAGUUGCCGUAGGCCAGGAGAAGAGCGUGGAGCUGGAGACGGUCAUAGUGCCUGCGGGCGAGCAGGAGCGCAGCCACUCCAGCAGCAGCAUCCUAUCAGACAGGAGGCUCAGCAGCUGCAGCCUCUGCAGCAUCGAGGAGCAGCACCACGGUGUCUACGAGAUGGUGCAGGGCAUCCUCCUCUCCACACGCGGAUACGUCAACUUCGUCAAUGAGGUGUUCCGCCAGGCUUUUUUGUUGCCACCUUCUGAUAUAUCCGCAACACGGAAGGUGGUGAAAGUGUACCAGAAGUGGAUACUGCAGGAGAAACCUGUGUUCAUGGAGGAGCCAGACAAAAAGGAGGACAGCCAGGAUGUUGUUGCUCCCUUGGAAGACUCCUCAGUGCAAACAGAUGGUAAACAUCUCUCAUUGGAGCCCUGCAGACACAAGCGCUCCUCCAGCUGGGGCAGGACCUACUCCUUCACCAGUGCUGUCAGCAGGGGCUGUGUGCUGGAGGAUGAAGACAGGGAUGUGAAGGCUGGUGCUCAGGCUGCGCUGCAGGUAUUCCUGACAAACUCGGCAAACGUUUUCCUGCUGGAGCCGUGCACUGAGGUCCCUUUGCUGCUGAAGGAGCAGGUGGAUGCCUGCAAAGCUGUUCUCAGCGUCUUCAGGCGCAUGAUAAUGGAGCUGUCUAUGAACAGAAAGACAUGGGAACAGAUGCUGCAGAUACUCCUCAGAAUAACAGAAGCUGUGAUGCAGAAGCCAAAGGAGAACCAGACAAAGGACACAUUUGCUCAGAGCAUGGCGGGGCUGCUGUUCCGAACCCUCAUUGUGGCUUGGAUCAGAGCAAACCUGAGUGUUUACAUCUCCCGGGAGCUGUGGGAUGAGCUGCUCAGUGUCCUAUCUGCCCUGACGGACUGGGAGGAGCUCAUCAAUGAGUGGGCCAGCGUCAUGGACUCCCUGACAGCAGUGCUGGCCAGGACUGUGUACGGCGUGGAGAUGACAAACCUGCCCUUGGACAAGCUCAGUGAACAGAAGGAAAAAAAGCAGAGAGGCAAAGGCGGUGUUUUAGAGCCUCAGAAGACAGCUGUAGUAGGAAGAUCUUUUUCCUUAAGCUGGAAAAGUCACCCUGAAGUUGUGGAGCCAAUGAGAUUCAGAAGUGCCACGACCUCUGGGGCCCCAGGAGUGGAGAAAGCAAGAAACAUUGUCCGUCAGAGAGCCACAGCUAAGCGAAGCCAGUCUAUCAGCAAUUGUGUCCAUCUUUAUGAGGCUUUGCCAGCCACUAAAAGUGUACCUCUUCUGCUUCACACUGUGAGCUCUCUCUUCCCUGGUAUCUCUUACACUUCUUGCUCUCACAGACUGUCAGAAGUUGAAGAAUCUCAACAGCUGGAAAAUUCAGAAGGAACAGAAACUGCAGGCCUAUUUGCAGACCAAGAGCAGCAGCUAACUCGAAGCAGCAGCACUUCAGAUAUUCCAUCUGAUUUUUUUCAAGGUAAAAAGGCUGGAAAUUCAACUUCAGACUCCAAAUCAGUUCAGGAAAGUAAAGGACAUGUAAAGGAGUAUGAAGCCGAGCAAAUGCUAAUGCAGAGGAGCAGCAGUACAGCUGAGUUGGAUCUGAAAGCAGACUUGCAGCAAUCACAUGGGUAUUACAGAGAGAGGGAGAAAAGUGAGAGCAUGAGCAGUGACACAUCCCUGGGCUGUGGAGCUGAUGUGGACAUCACACUGGUGGCCUGGCAGGCAGCUGAGGAUGACCCCAAGGCUGGGUCGGCUGCAGUAACAGAGAGCAGUGAGUUUCUGGCUGAUGAUUGUAGUGUAAUUGCUGGUGGAAGCCUUAUUGGUUGGCAUCCUGAUUCUGCUGCUGUGCUGUGGAGGAGAAUCCUGGGAAUUCUUGGAGAUGUGAACAACAUACAGUCACCUAAAAUCCAUGCAAAAGUUUUUGGCUACCUUUAUGAGCUGUGGUAUAAACUUGCAAAGAUCCGGGACAACCUCGCCAUCAGCAUUGACAGUCAGUCAACUCCUUCUCCUCCCGUCCUGAUCCCUCCUCUCAGGAUAUUUGCAUCAUGGCUGUUCAAGGCAGCCAUGCUGCCCAGUGAGUACAAGGAGGGGAAGCUGCAGGCAUUCCGGCUACUCUGCGCCAUGAUGAGCCGGCGCCAGGACCUGCUGCCCAACUCUGACUUCCUGGUGCACUUCUACUUCGUCAUGCGCCUGGGGCUGACCAGCCAGGACCAGGACAUCCUGAACACCGUCAUAAAGCACUGCCUGCCGUGGUUCUUCUUCCUGGGGCUGCCUGGCUUCACAAUGCUGAUCGGGGACUUCCUCGGAGCAGCAGCACGCGUGCUGAGCACGGACACGCUGGAGGCUCCCCGGUCUGAAGCUCACACCAUCCUUGGUGCUCUUGUGUGCUUUCCAAACACCUACCAAGGAAUCCCAAGUUUGGGACCCAUCUCAGAAGCUCGUGAGAACAUCACAGGAACUGCAGAUUUGAAGUAUUGCCUCAUAAAUAUUUUAUUGAAGAAUGCUACAGAGGAGCCAAGUGAAGCUGCAAGAUGCAUAGCCAUCUGUGGCCUUGGCGUGUGGAUCUGUGAGGAGCUCACGCAGUGCACGAGCCACCCCCAUGUGAAGAAAGCCAUCAAUGUCAUAGGUGUGACACUGAAGUUUUCCAACAAGCUGGUAGCUCAGGUAGCUUGUGACGUCCUUCAGCUGCUGGUGUCUUACUGGCAGAAGCUUCAGGAGUAUGAAUCCUCCCUGUGCCGGAAAAUUACGGAAAUCCUGGUGGCUACAAUCGCGUUUCUUCUGCCCGGUGCCGAAUACUCCUCCAUGGAAGUGGAUAAGAAGUUCAUAGUUUCACUGCUGCUUUGCUUGCUGGACUGGUGCAUGGCACUGCCCAUGAAAAUGCUGCUGGAGCCCAUGUCUGCUGGUGCUGUGGAGGGUCAACAUCCAUCCAGAGCUCCUUUGCUGGAUUAUAUUUACAGAGUCCUGCACUGCUGCAUCAACGGCUCCAGCACCUACACGCAGCAAAGCCACUAUGUGCUGAGCCUGGCCGACCUCUCUUCCUCUGACUAUGACCCCUUCUUGCCACUGGGGAAUGUCAGGAGCUCCUCAGAGCCAGCCCAGUGCCCCUCCUCCACCGAUUUGGGCAACCUGCUCACCGUGGCUGAAGAGAAGAGGAGGAGGAAUUUGGAACUGAUCCCUCUCACAGCGAGGAUGGUCAUGACUCACUUGGUGAAUCACCUGAGCCACUACCCGCUCAGUGGGGGCCCUGCCAUCCUCCACAGCCUCCUGAGCGAGAACCAUGACAAUUCCUACGUGGAGUCCUCCGAGCUGUGCUCAGAAGUGUUCCGCGGCCCCAACCUGCAGCUGUUCGUGUUCAACGACAGCACUCUCAUCUCCUACCUCCAAAUCCCUGCUGAGAAGAAGGUGGGUGCCGAGCCGGCAGCGGCGCCCUCGGACGUGCGGGUGAUCAUCCGGGAUAUCUCAGGGAAGUACUCCUGGGAUGGCCGGAUCCUGUAUGGGCCUCUGGAGGGUUGCCUGCCGCAGCGCAGCACGGCCGGUGCCUUUGUCAUCUCCAGCGACCCGCAGCAGCAUGUCUUUCCCCAGAAUGAUGUCUCCCAGGUGGAGGAGGGAGAGGAUGCCCUGGACCAGCUGCUGGAGAGGAUCGGGAGCAGCAGUCCUGAGUGCCUCCUACACCCGCAGCGCAAGCUGAAUGAGCCAGCGCCACCACCCUGCGGGAUGAGCCCUGAGCAGGAGCGUGCCAUCACCGAGGCCCUGCUGCAGCAGAGUGCCCAGGAAAGGGAGUUCAUUCUGAAAUGCAGCUCAGACUGCAGCAUGAGCGUGGCCCGCCAGGAGCCACCGCCUCCUGCCCAGCCCCAAGCCUCCUUUUAUUUCUGUCGGCUGCUGCUGAACGACUUGGGAAUGAACUCCUGGGAUAGAAGAAAAAGCAUUCAUCUGCUGAAGAAAAAUUCAAAGUUGCUGCGAGAACUGAAAAAUCUGGAUUCCCGCCAAUGUCGUGAGACUCACAAGAUCGCCGUGUUCUACAUCGCUGAGGGACAGGAGGACAAGUGUUCCAUCCUGGCCAAUGCCAGGGGAAGCCAGGCCUAUGAAGAUUUUGUUGCUGGGCUGGGCUGGGAGGUCGAUCUGUCCACGCACAGCGGGUUCAUGGGUGGCCUGCAGCGGAAUGGCAGCACAGGGCAGACCGCACCCUACUAUGCCACCUCCACUGUGGAGAUCAUCUUCCAUGUGUCCACAAGGAUGCCCUCUGACUCAGAUGACUCACUGACCAAAAAGCUCCGUCACUUGGGAAAUGAUGAGGUUCACAUCGUAUGGUCUGAGCACACCCGCAACUAUCACAGGGGCAUCAUCCCCACUGACUUCGGGGACGUCCUCAUUGUCAUCUACCCCAUGAAGAACCACAUGUUCUUCAUUGAGAUCAUGAAGAAACCCGAGGUGCCGUUUUUUGGUCCCCUCUUCGAUGGCGCCAUCGUGACUGCAAAGCUGCUGCCGAGCCUGAUCUGUGCCACGUGCAUCAAUGCCAGCAGAGCUGUCAAGUCCCUCAUCCCACUCUACCAGAGCUUCUAUGAGGAGAGAGCUCUCUAUCUCGAAGCCAUCAUCCAGAACCAUAAAGAAGUGAUGACGUUUGAAGAUUUUGCGGCUCAGGUCUUCUCUCCCUCUCCCAGCUACUCCCUUGGUGGAACUGAUUAGAAUGUUAAUGCUCUCGGUACAGUAAAAGCCACAGGCUGCCUCAUCACAAGUCAGCAUGUGCUGACCUCAUUGACACCACUGGCGUCGAGCUGGUGGAGCCGCCCUUGCCCACGCUGCCAAG